UUACAAUUCCGACGUCACUGCGUGUUUGUGUCCGGUGAUGACGUACUUCCGGUUUGAGGCACCCAUCCGAGGGAGAACAGAGAACGGGAGCGUCACUGUUUAUUAAAGUCAAAACAAAACAACAACACCGAGGAAAUAUUUCCUGACAACUCAGGUCAUCAUGGCGUCUGGCAGCUCGAGCAGCGAGGAGGAAAGGAGCCUGCGGGAGUGUGAGCUGUACGUGCAGAAGCACAACAUCCAGCAGCUGCUGAAGGACUGCAUUGUGCAGCUGUGCACGUCCAGGCCCGAGCGCCCCAUGGCCUUCCUACGGGACUACUUCGAGAGGCUCGAGAAGGAGGAGGCCAAACAGAUGCUCAGCCAGCAAAAGUCCGGCUCUCGCUCCGAUUCCCGAGAGGACGAGAUUUCUCCUCCCAUGAACCCGGUGGUGAAAGGUCGCCGCCGCCGCGGUGCCAUCAGCGCCGAGGUUUACACCGAGGAGGAUGCCGCGUCAUACGUCAGAAAAGUAACGAAACCUCUAAACACACUAACUGUUAUUCCGAAAGACUACAAAACGAUGGCUGCUCUUGCAAAAGCAAUCGAGAAGAACGUGCUGUUCUCUCACCUCGAUGACAACGAAAGAAGCGAUAUAUUCGAUGCCAUGUUUUCUGUGAACUACAUCGCCGGGGAGACCGUCAUUCAGCAAGGCGACGAGGGCGAUAACUUCUACGUUAUCGAUCAGGGUGAAAUGGAUGUGUACGUGAACAACACGUGGGUGACGAGUAUCGGAGAAGGCGGAAGUUUCGGCGAGUUGGCGCUGAUUUACGGAACUCCGAGGGCGGCGACGGUCCGAGCCAAAACCAACGUCAAACUGUGGGGCAUCGACAGAGACAGCUACAGGAGAAUACUGAUGGGAAGCACUCUGAGGAAGAGGAAGAUGUAUGAGGAAUUCCUGAGCAAGGUGUCCAUUUUGGAAUCCCUGGACAAGUGGGAGAGGUUAACGGUGGCCGACGCUUUGGAGACGGUGCAGUUCGAGGACGGACAGAAGAUCGUCGUCCAAGGACAACCGGGAGACGAGUUUUUCAUCAUCCUCGAGGGGUCGGCAGCCGUGCUUCAGAGACGCUCCGAGAACGAAGAGUUUGUCGAAGUGGGACGACUCGGAUCUUCGGAUUAUUUCGGUGAGAUCGCACUGCUGAUGAACCGUCCUCGAGCUGCCACUGUGGUCGCACGCAGUCCCCUGAAGUGUGUGAAACUUGACCGUCCUCGUUUUGAGCGUGUGCUCGGACCCUGCUCCGACAUCCUUAAGAGGAACAUCCAGCAGUACAACAGCUUUGUCUCUCUCUCUGUCUGAAUCUCUCUCUCUCUCUCUCUCUCUCUCUCUCUCUCUCUCCUCUGUUUAUCGCAGGGUCCAGCUACGCAUUAUUUUUGUAUUUCGUAUUUGGUUCGUGCUUGCUGUGUGUGCGUGUGUGCGUGCGUGUGUGCGUGCGUGUGUGCGUGCGUGCGGCGUGCGUGCGUGCGUGCGUGUGUGUGUGGAUCCAGCCUCGUGUUUAUCGGACACGGAGACAUAAAACGAAGCAGCCGAAACAGGAAGUCGACCAGAAACCGCUCUCUUUAACAGUUAUUUUAUUCGUGUAAACGUGACUAUUUAUUUUUGCAGCCUUCGGGACGUGACGAAUCCCGAGGCGAAACCGCUUGGUACAUUCAUUCGUUUAUUUUUGUCUUAUUUCUUUUUCCUUUUUUUUCUUCCCCUCGUUCUGCCGUUCCAACCGUUUUAGCACGUUCGUUCUCGUUCUCAAAUAAAAAGGCGAAAGGAAGAAAAACAUUCUUCAUCGCAGACGAGCCUGUUAACUGGUCCCUAGCUAAGGUUAUUAUCACAUUUACUGUUACUCAGUCCUGGGUGUAUUCCUGCCUUGAACCCAGUAUUCCCGGGAUGGGCUCCGGAUCACACGUAAUUUAUAAUUAAAUAUGAUCAGAAAUUAGUUUUGUUUGUUUGUUUGUUUGCUUGCUUGUUUAAUUGGAAUUAAAACGAGCCCAUGUUACUGUCUUAAGUUUUCUGGGUAUUUUUUUUUUUUUUUUAAUCCUGAUCUGAAUUUAGAAGUUUUGUCAUUUUAUAAAAGAGUCAGAGACUUCUCACCUCUCUCUCUCUCUCUCUCUCUCUCUCUCUCUCUCUCUCUCUCUCUCUGUCUCUCUCUAUUUAAAUUGUGUGAUUAUUCUGAAGUGGUCAGAGUCUGACUAAUCCCAAGACAAGGCUGUAAACUGAGAGCUCUCAAGUUUGCACCCUAUAACAGUGUUUACAAUUCAUUUUGGACUGUAGUGGCUCCAAAGGCAGGUGUGUGUGCGUGGGUGUGGGUGUGUGUGUGUGUGUGUGUGUGUGUGUGUGUGAGAGAGAGAGAGAGAGAGAGAGAGAGAGAGAGAGAUUUUCUCUUUAUAUACAUGAGGGUACUGAAGUCGAGUCAUUUGAACUGUGUGUGUGUGUGUGUGUGUGUGUGCUGUAGCGAUCCACUUUGCUCCUCAUCGUCCUCUGAUGCACACACAUAGCAGAAGUAAAUGAUAGUAAAUCACCAUAAAUGUAUUUUUUGCACACUUUGGUAUAUAUUGGAAUAUUAAGAUUCUCUCUAUACAUAAAUCCGUGUCGCUUUUUCCUCCGCGAUAUUAUUGCUCCUGUUCUUUCUGUUUUUUUUUUAUUAUUAUUAUUAUUAUUAUUACUAUUUCUUUAUUCUCGCUGCUCUGCUCUCCCUUCAUAGCCGUCCUUUAACCGUGUAUCCAGAACCGCACCAUGUUCACUACAUAGUGCACUAUUUUUCUAUAUCCAGCACACACGCGAUAUCCCACAAUGUCCUGCUUCGUGUCCGGUUUUUGGGACCCGCCCACAUCAGACUAGUGGUGAGGUGUUCAUGAUGUUUGUGUUGCCUGUGUCGUGAAUAGCACGUAUAUUAGGACAUGUGGGUAGUAGACUAAUGACGAGAAGUGUUCAUAAGGCCUCAUUAGUGAGUAGGUGUGUGGCUUGGGAUGUAGCCAUCGUAGAAAAGUUACGGAGAGGGGUGUGUCGUGUCUGUUUAGUAACUAAGGUGUUGUGUGGGACACAUCCACAGCGUACCGAUGGUGGUUCUAAAUCCGAGUUACUAAAUAGGGUGUGGUUUGGGACACGUCCACGGUGAUCCAGUCCUGGUUAGAUCUUGUUAGUUAAUAAAUAGGGUGUGGUUUGGGACACGUCCACAAUGAUCCAGUCCUGGUUAGAUCUCAUUAGUUAGUAGGGUGUGGUUUGGGACACGUCCACAGUGAUCCAGUCCUGGAUAGAUCUCGUUAGUUAAUAGGGUGUGGUUUGGGACACGUCCACUGUGAUCCAGUCCUGGUUAGAUCUCGUUAGUUAAUAAAUAGGGUGUGGUUUGGGACACAUCCACGGUGACCCAGUCCUGAUUAGAUCUCGUUAGUUAAUAAAUAGGGUGUGGUUUGGGACACGUCCACGGUGACCCAGUCCUGGUUAGAUCUCGUUAGUUAAUAGGGUGUGGUUUGGGACACGUCCACGGUGAUCCAGUCCUGGUUAGAUCUCAUUAGUUAGUAGGGUGUGGUUUGGGCCACAUCCACAGUGAUCCAGUCCUGGAUAGAUCUCGUUAGAUAAUAGGGUGUGGUUUGGGACACGUCCAGGGUGAUCCAGUCCUGGUUAGAUCUCAUUAGUUAGUAGGGUGUGGUUUGGGACACGUCCACGGUGAUCCAGUCCUGGAUAGAUCUCGUUAGUUAAUAGGGUGUGGUUUGGGACACGUCCACGGUGAUCCAGUCCUGGUUAGAUCUCAUUAGUUAGUAGGGUGUGGUUUGGGCCACAUCCACAGUGAUCCAGUCCUGGAUAGAUCUCGUUAGAUAAUAGGGUGUGGUUUGGGACACGUCCACGGUGAUCCAGUCCUGGUUAGAUCUCAUUAGUUAGUAGGGUGUGGUUUGGGACACGUCCACGGUGAUCCAGUCCUGGAUAGAUCUCGUUAGUUAGUAGGGUGUAGGUUGGGACACGUCCACGGUGAUCCAAUCCUGGUUAGAUCUCAUUAGUUAGUAGGGUGUGGUUUGGGACACGUCCACGGUGGUCUAGUGAGGAGGGAUCUUGUUUCUAAAGCGAAUAGUGUGUUAUUUUGGACAUUUUAGACAUGACUAGUGUAUAGGGUGUGGUUUGGGACACACCACAGUGGAUUAACGAUGACGUAUCAGUGAUGGUUAUUAAGAGGCCUAUAUCUUGAAGAAGGGUUGGAUUGGGACACGUCCUUAGUAGAUUUUAGACUUUUGUGUAGAUUUUUAUUUUUUUUUUUACCUGAAAGUGCUUCUGUUCUUCAUAGCAAACUUUCAUUUCGGUACUGUGUGUUUGUUAUAGUCUCACAUUUCAUGAGUAACCACUCUGGAUUAACGCAGUGAAGGUUUUUAAAGGUCCCUGUAACUUAAUCGUGUUUGGAUUCUGAACACCGUGGAACAGACCAUGAAAUCGUAGUUACCGUAACAACAGAAUAGCUUUUAUUUAUUUUGGUCUAUGCUCACUUCAUUUUAUUACAUGAUUAAAGUAGCAGUAUGCAUCUUUUUAUUUUCCCCCUAAAAAAUGAGAAUUUUGUACAAAGUACAAACAAAAAAAGCACCCGAGAAUGUGACCUCCUUUUAAGUCAUUUCUAAAAUAACUUUAAAGUGUCAUAUGGGGCUUUUAUGUUGUACACCAACAUGGGAACAACUCUAAAUUCCUGAUAGUCACAUACUGCAACUUUAAUGUGGAGUGUGUGUAGCAUAAAUUUUGUAUAGUAUUAAACAGGACAGUGAAUUCCGGUUUUCCAAACAUCAUACUGUAUUUCUCAAAACUGGCCGAGGAAAAUCGAUCGAUCGUACAAGUGCGAGAGGCAAACCCGUACGAGCGUCUCUUCACGCUCUCGUUCGACAAUUUUAGGUUGCGGAAGUGCCUGAUUUCAUUGUUUUUAAAAUGUCCUUUUGCUUGAGCAUCAUUUUUAAUCAUCGCAAAUCUAUAAAUUAAGCAUAGGAAUAAAGCUCGUCACAAUAAUCCCUUCACCACUUGGCAGAUUUUUACAACACGGAAAGUUUUUUUCUAGCAUUUGUGAUACAGUAUCUUAAAAUUCUCCAUCGUGAUCAGAGUCACUUGGGUUGGAAUCUGUAAUUUGGCUUAUAUAUUACGCUAAAGACAUUCAGGAAUGUUUGUUAGAAAAUAUCGCGGGCGGGAAAAAAGUGAUGACAACCACAGGAAAUUUAUCGUUACUAAAACCUGUCCACACCCACGACUGGUCGAUAUACGGCGUAACUCCAGCGCCGUUUCAAAAUUUUUAUACAAAAUAUAAAACAGUAAAGCUACGUGAGCGCUAACGAUUCUAAACGUUCAUGUUGGUGCAUAUAAAUCACGAACUAGGUUGUGUUCGCAUGAAUAUAGAAUCGCUCACAGAAAGAAGAGUAACUGUAGUGUGGUAAAAACCGACUUAGAACUUCAACAACAUGACGAAACGACGAUGUAAUCCGUGCUGAACGGCGCAGCGAUCGGUGUGAGGUGACCGGAGUAACGCCGGCACCGUAUUAACGAAAGUUGUGGUGUUGUUUUUUUUGUUGAUGUUUUAGCGUGAACUUUAGCGUCACACCGUGUGUUUUCUUUCAUAAACUAUAACACGGACUGAACAUCCACGUUUCCUACAUCUGUAGAUCUGAAGCAGAAGCUUGUGAAAGUACCAGGUGUGAUUCGAUUGCGUCAUUCCCUAACGUUUGAUUUCUGCAAUAUUCGAUCCUGGUGUGUUCGUGACGCGGUUAGUAUUUCAAGUUCGAAGCUAACUCCGUAGCAGCUCGUUUGCAUAGCGGUGCUGCAAUGACAUGCUGUUUGUUUUUUUUAAUUUAUUUCUGAAUAUUGAAGAAACUUUCACCUCAGAAAGCGGCCAUUUCGGUCCCUUUCUUCACGCCUCCCCCGCCCCCUCCUCCACCGUAUCAUUCCCACGUCGUCUUUUCAGAGCUCUAGUAUGGAUAAAAGCUGAUAUAAUGCAUCCAUCUGUGCUGCUCUUUAGCUUUGCUGAGGACCAUUUUCUCUUCUGUGUUUCUGUGAUGUAUACAGAUUUAUUGUUUUAUUUCUUUUCCCUCCCUUAUAUUGUGAUAUUGUAACCCUUUUUUUUUUUGGUAUUGAUCAUCCCAAUGGCAGGCCAAGCAAUAAAAAAUUCUUAAACACG